UAAAGCUUUCAACUGAGAGAUAACAAUAGGGCAUUUGUAGUUGCAAAUUUAAUUGCAGCGCGAGCACCUAUGUUUUAUUAAUUUAGAUUUGAUUUAAUGGAAUAAAAAUGCCGUCUUAAAAAAAAAAAUUGUGAAUAAACCAUAUCCAUCAGCACCUGCAUUUGGUAUACAUUAUCAAGUUUAUAAAUCGGAAUUUAAAUCAUGAUGGAAUUUCGUCUUAUUGCUCCAGAUAUUCUGGAAAACAUCAACAUAACCAUUUGGGACAACUCCACACAGAAAGAAAUCGCAAGACUUGUGAACAACAAUAAGCAGGCAUUCUUUCUCAUUGGAAUGACUUUCAUAGCCGGUUUGUUGCUUGGAUUCUUUAUCCACGCUGUUUAUGUGUGUAUCAUUAAAAGAGUUCUCAUAGAGCUGGGCGAUGAUUUGUCUUUGAGCGAUGGAGUCGUUAAUUUAUCUUUCAUUGGUGAUGAUUCUCGACCACCUCAUAAUGAUCACCCACCUGAUUAUGCUUCAGUGAUGUCUGGUGAUACACCGUCUGAGAAUCAAGGACUGUUUGGUUUCUUGAAAAAGAUCUUUAAAAGAAGAUCUUCCACUGACUCUGAAGACAGUAUUGUAGAGGAGCCACCACCGAGUUACUCAUCAGUGAUUGAAAACUUAGAAAGAGAUCUUAGCAGCAGAUAGCAAAAUAAACUGGAACUUUUAAACAAAUCAGAACAUUGCAUGAGCGUUUCAGUUAGCUUUUUCGGUUUUACUAUCAGUGACUCUCUGUGGGAAAAAAAAUUGGAAUUUUUUUUUUUUAUCCAGAGGUUUUUUGACAGAAGUUUCUCGACAAAAAUAAAUUCCGAUUUAUAAAUUUAGUUUCCUGGAUUGAUUUGCACGAAGAAAACUUUAUUUAUUGUGUUAAGUCAACAUCCUGUGAAUAUUUUUUUAAUGUUUUGAAAAUAAGUGAACUCAUUAAAAUAUUAUUUAUUUAUAUAAAGUCAACAUUUAUC